AUGGUGUUGAUGAAGGUAAAGUUUGACUUGCCGAAGCGGGUGAAGCUUGCCCAGGGCCUGUGGCUCAUGUACUGGCUAGCCGUGAUGACCGGCAUUCUGGUCUUCAGUCUGGGGCUGUUCUUUAAGAUCGAGCUCCGGAAGAGGAGUGAGAUGAUGGACAACAACGAGAGCCAUUUUGUGCCCAACCUGUUGAUUCUAGUUGGCCUGGCUGCAUGCGGGGUAAACGUUUUUGGCGGCAAGGUGUGCCACGACUCUCUGGAUGCUUUGAAGUUCGCCAAGUGGAAGCCCAUGGUCAAAGGCUACCUGAUGGGCUGCUUCGCUUUCAACAUCCUCCUGUUCUUCACAGCUCUGCUGUGCUUCUGCAUGCAGUUCCAGUUGUACUUUUCCCUGGCUGAGGGUCUGAAGAAUGGGAUCAAAUACUACAAGGAUACGGACACACCUGGGCGCUGCUUCAUGAAGAGGACGCUGGACAUGACCCAGAUCGAGUUCCGCUGCUGUGGCAACAACAACUAUAGGGAUUGGUUUGAGGUCCAGUGGAUCAGCAACCGCUAUCUGGACUUCAGCAACGAUGAGGUCAAAGACCGUGUCCUGAGCAACGUGGAGGGUAAGUUCCUGAUGGAGAGUGUGCCGUUCAGCUGCUGCAACCCCGGCUCCCCCAGACCCUGUAUCCAGCACCAACUGACCAACAACUCAGCCCACUAUGACUACGACCACCACACCGAGGAGCUCAACAUCUGGACCCGGGGCUGCCGCGAGUCCCUGGUCGCCUACUACGGAGGCAUGAUGAACAGCAUCGGGGGCCUGAUGCUACUGUACAUCAUACUGGAGGCAGGAGUGAUGGUGGGCUUACAGUACCUGACCACUUCUCUGGAGACAAUGGCCGACCCAGAGAACCCGGAGAGUGAGAGCGAGGGCUGGCUCCUGGAGAAGAGUGUGAAGGAGACAGUGGCGGACGUCAUAGCAAAGAUCAAGGGCCUGGUCGGUGCAGGGAACCAUGUGGGGGAGGUUGAGGAGGGGGUGGCCACUGUGAGUUGA